CAAUAACCCAAAAUCUUCCAGCCCGCCUCAGGGAUUACAGAACAAGUGAACGAUGGAAAAAAACCUUCGCCGACGCCCCUUCGCGCAGAAACGCAGUGUCGCAGCCCGCAGCCGCAGAAAGCUCUCUCGCGCACUGCUCCGAUGGUCCGACCUCCGUGCUCCAACGCUCCGUGACUCCCAGCGGCCGGAACCGUUCAGUUCGGCAGACGGCAGUCCACACUCCGCUAACACCAGACUCACAUCAUAAGGCCAAUAACUAGGGUCUAGGUCUACCUCCGCCUAGCUUCCUUUCUCGUCCUCUGUUACAAGUCUACAACACCCUUGAAACCCCCUCCUCUAUCGGGGAACCUCCGUCCAGUUACAUCAAUCGACGCCACACUCUUCCGCCGCCGCGACGCAGAGUAGGAAAUUUCGUAAAACUGGAAUGGUGUUCGGUCAGAUAGUGAUUGGUCCUCCCGGCUCCGGCAAAACCACAUACUGCAAUGGCAUGUCUCAGUUCCUACAGCUCAUUGGCCGGAAAGUUGCGGUGAUUAACUUAGAUCCUGCAAAUGACAAUUUACCCUAUGAAUGCGCUAUUAAUAUUGAAGAUCUCAUUAAACUGAGUGAUGUAAUGGUUGAGCAUUCUCUUGGUCCCAAUGGAGGUCUUGUAUAUUGCAUGGACUAUCUUGAGAAGAAUAUUGACUGGUUAGAGGCCAAGUUGAAACCCCUCCUAAAAGAUCACUACUUUCUCUUUGACUUUCCGGGACAGGUAGAGCUAUUUUUUCUACAUGAAAACGCCAAAACAGUGAUCAUGAAACUCAUCAAGAAGUUAAAUCUUAGGUUGACUGCAGUACAUUUAGUUGACUCGCAUCUUUGUAGUGAUCCUGGAAAGUAUGUGAGUGCAUUGUUGUUGUCAUUAUCAACCAUGCUACAUUUGGAAUUGCCACAUGUCAAUGUUCUUUCCAAGAUUGAUCUUAUUGAAAGCUACGGAAAGCUAGCCUAUAACCUGGAUUUCUAUACAGAUGUACAAGAUUUGUCAUACCUGCAGUAUCAUCUCGAUAAGGAUCCACGUUCUACCAAAUACAGAAAGCUUACAAAGGAGCUCUGUGAGGUGGUAGAAAAUUUUGGGCUUGUGAAUUUCACAACAUUAGAUAUUCAGGACAAGGUGAGUGUUGGGAACCUUGUUAAACUGAUUGACAAAAGCAAUGGCUACAUCUUUUCUGGCAUCGAUGCCACUGCUGUUGAGUUCAGCAAAAUUGCAGUUGGUCCAGUUGACUGGGAUUACUAUAGAGUCGCUGCAGUGCAAGAGAAAUACAUGAAGGACGAUGAAGACGAUUUUGACAAGGAUGGCUGAUUCAUCUACCUACUUGCCUGUUUGAACUUUUAUGCAUUUUUAGUUAUUCACAGUCUUAAAUUACAAUCAUAGAUGAUUUGAGGUGUAGAGGCUGUUCCGCUUUGAUUUACAUGAUCAUACUUUGACAUUUUUGUACCAUAGUUGUAUCAUUAUAGCAUUUCCAUUGAUGAUCUUCAAAAAUCAGUUCUCAGUGAUUCUUUUUU